AUGACCGGGGUCGUGGCCCAGGCAGAGCCUGACGUAGACCUACUGCACAACCCUUCCGACAAGGAGCGCAAGUAUGACCGCCAGCUGAGGCUCUGGGCCAAUUCUGGGCAAGCCGCUCUCGAGUCCGCCAAUAUUCUCCUCGUCAACUCUGGGUCCGGCACGGUAGGCGUCGAGGCACUCAAGAACCUUGUCCUUCCUGGCAUCGGACGGUUCACCAUCGCAGAUGCGGCAAUCGUAUGUGAUGCCGACCUCGGUGUCAACUUCUUCCUCGACGAAUCCUGCUGCGGCAAGUCGCGGGCCGAAUGCUGCACCCAACUUUUACGGGAGCUAAACCCGGAAGUGGUGGGCGACUGGUAUCCAAGAACCAAGGAACAAGCUGAGUCUCGUGGUCCAUUGCAUCUCCAGCAGCUGCUCGAGUCGUCAGAUGCCUUCACAGUCAUCCUCUACACACUCCCCUUGGCCGCGGACCAGAUCGCCCUCCUUCAAUCAUACGCACGCGAGCAUGGCACGCCCCUGGUGUCUGUCCACUCCGUCGGCUUUUACUCAUUCUUCAACGUGUCCUUCGCCGGCACUGUUCCCGUCGUGGAGACGCAUCCGGACGAGACGGCGAGCACGGAUCUCCGGCUUCUCAGCCCAUGGCCGAAGCUUUCUGCAUUUUCACACAACUUGACGAAAAACAUGGAAAAGCUUGACAAUCAUGAGCAUGGCCACUUGCCUCUUGUUGCCAUCCUGCUGCACUAUCUUGCUCUGUGGAAGCAGGCCCAUGGUGGAGCAUAUCCGUCGAGCUACGCAGACAAGAUUGCGUUCCGUAAGUCGGUCUCGGACGCCAUGCGGAGGGACAACCCUGAAGGUGGAGAGGAAAACUUUGAGCAGGCCAUCGCUGCUGUCAUGCAACAUGUUACUCCGCCAUCCCUGCCAAACUCCUUGCGCCAGGUGUUCAACUACCGCCAUGGGGACGAGAACCUUAGGUCCAACUUCUGGGUGAUUUCCCAAGCAGUUCAGCAAUUCUACCAUGAGCACCAACAACUUCCUUUGCCGGGUGGUCUGCCGGACAUGAAAGCCCAAUCAAACGUUUAUGUCGACCUCCAGACCAUAUACAAGGAAAAGGCUCGACAAGACGCCUGUGAGGUCUUGGCUGUGGCUCGGACCAUACCUGGGGGGGGUCAAAUCGGGCUUGAAGAGGUCGAGAUAUUUUGCAAAAACGCCAAGUUUCUCAAAUUGGUCAACCCGGUGGAGAUCCGGGACCCAUGCCUCGAGCAUAUUGUCGAGAAAGAGCUCGAGAAGGACGAAAUGGCAGCCAGCGGCGGCCCAGACAUGCCAAGAUCACUGGUCCCUCUCUAUCUUGCCCUCGUCGCAACUUCACAUGGCUCGGCAGCCUCGGCAUCGGACAUUGUUUCCUCCAUUGUUCGACGUGCUCCAGUCCUGCUGGGCAACGAGAGGGUGGCAGAGGUGGCCGCUGAGGUGUCAAGGGCCGCUGGCGGGGAGCUCCACACCAUUUCGGCCUUCACCGGGGGCAUGGUGGCUCAGGAAAUGAUCAAGAUUAUCACGAAACAGUACAUCCCUAUUGACAAUACGUACAUAGAUGAAACAUUGCAGAGUACUCUGUAA